AUGCCUUCUUCAGGCUUUGCAGGAGUGUACCCAUACUACCAAGGAACUCAAGUGCACAAGCCCGCGGAAGACACCUUCCUGCUCCUGGACGCUCUGGAGGCGGCAGCGGCCGAGCUCAUGCGAGUGGAGCUAUGCCUGGAAGUAGGAUCGGGGUCUGGAGUGGUAUCCACACUCCUAGCCUCCAUGAUAGGUUCCCAGGCCCUGUACAUGUGCACUGACAUCAACCCCAAAGCAGCAGCUUGUACCCUGGAGACAGCACGCUGUAACAGAGUCCAUGUGCAUCCCGUAAUUACCGAUUUGGUCAAAGGCUUGCUACCAAGACUGAAGGAGAAGGUUGAUCUUCUGGUGUUUAAUCCCCCAUAUGUAGUGACUCCGCCUGAAGAGGUAGGAAGUCAUGGAAUAGAAGCAGCUUGGGCUGGUGGCAGAAAUGGUCGCGAAGUCAUGGACAGGUUCUUUCCACUGGUUCCAGAUCUCCUUUCGCCAAGAGGGCUGUUCUAUUUAGUCACCAUUAAGGAGAACAAUCCAGAAGACAUUUUGGAAAUAAUGAAGGUGAGAGGUCUGCAGGGGACCACCGCACUUUCCAGGCGAGCGGGCCAAGAAAUCCUUUCAGUCCUGAGGUUCACCAAGUCCUCACACAGUGUCUGUUCCACGUUAUAUUGAAUAAUAUGUACUACAUUGAAUAUACAUAUGGAUAUACUACUAUGUGUGUGUGUGUGUGUGUGUGUGUGUGUGUGUGUGUGUAGAUAGGCUGAAUGUAUUCACCAUAUUUUGAAACUGAAGUCAUUUUUUGGUUAACAAGUAAAACUGUCAGAAAUUUGUCAAAUAGAGAAAGGUGAGAGGGCUGGGCGUUAUCUUUCACCAACGAAUCAAGCCUACAGACAUACUUGUGGAAGUGCAAGGAAAUAUGUACAUUAUGUAUAAUUUGCAUUUACAUAUAAAAGAUAGUUAUAUUAUAUAUGAAAGGACAUUCAUUUCAGCAUUGCCUAAAAUGGCUAAGCAAGAAGUCAACCAAUGUGCCAUCAUAAAAGGGGUUGGUAAAGUAAGUUACAAUAUGCCCAGGACACUGAAUGUGAGUGACAUCCAGUCAUCCAACGACUCGGAGCUGUAUAGCCUGAACCAGAAGGGGUUCAUGAUGUACUAUUCAAUGGAAAAAAAGCACGGUACAGAACGGUAUUGUCCUGCAUGUAUAUUUCUUAAAGACCCACAGAGAGGGUAGAUUUGUUGUGCAUAUGAGAGUCUCAGAAGACAUCAGGUGGGAUGGAGGAACUUUUGCUUUUUUGUAGUAGCAUUUGUAUAAGGAUAAUGUAUUACUUAUAUAAUUUUUUUAACUUUUUAAUGAAAAAUUUUUAAAAUUU